AUGAUAUCCAACCAUAAAAAAGCAAAUCAUCCUAAAAAAGCAUGCAAACAAAAUACAAAUCAGACCUUUGCACAACCUUCAAUCGAAUCUACAACUGACAUGUUAUCUGCUUACUUAAUUUAUCCUUCAAGUUCCACAAUGACAUAUUUGUCUGCAGAAGAAGUUAAUGCAAUGUUAGAUUCUUUUGAUACCCAACAAAUUAAAUUAAGUAAUGCAGUUAUUUUGGAAGACUUCACCAAUUUACCUUCUCUUG